AUAUGAUGAAAUGUUCCUAUGAAAAUUGUGUUGAGCUCGCUGACUCACGGUUCUCUCAAGUAUUACAAUUUAUAUUCAUAAACUUGCUUACACUUCUGUUAUUGAUACACACUGUAUCAAUUUCAGAGCAGGGCAUAUUAGGCUGAAUUAGAAAAUGCUUCCGAAUGUCCCCACUAUUUACAUUUAGAACAGAGUAUUCUACCAGCUGGCAGCUAUAUAUUCCCAGUGUCUGAGUAAGGUUAAUCGGUUGAUCGACUCAAUGCUAUCUACAACAGUCUCACGAAACUAAACGGGUUUGUUGAUAAAAAAUGCAACUGCGACUUGUUUCAAAUGCAUUUCUAAUCAAAACAAUAUUAUUUGUUUACACAUGGAAGGCAGUUAGUGACGCUCUGCAACUGCCUGGUGACAUACAGAAAUGUUAUUUUGGAGAUGACAAAUGCAUUGCGGAGAGCACAAAUCAAUAUUUGCGAAAGUAUGGCAAGGGGAAUAUUGAUCUGGGUCUGCCGCCAUUUGAUAAUCUUCCAAUAGACGACAUAACACUCAUUAACUCACCUGGACCACUCUGGAUAAGCUACAAGCUGAAGAACCAGCGACUUAAGGGCUUUGAAAAUGCGACAAUUACUGGCAUAACGGGCUUUAACCGUCAACCGGAAAUGAAUAAAAUGAUUAUCGAACUGAAGAUUCCAAGUCUCGUCUGCCACGGCGACUACGAACUGCGAGGCCGUGGCGUCAUCUUGUAUACCAAUUCAAGUGGUUCCACUAAAUCGGAUUUGCAGAAUGUGCGUUUAAAAUUGAAUAUCAAGAAUUUUAUCGAGUAUCGCAAGAAUCGCAGGUAUCUCAAGGUCUACGGUGUGUCGACUCAAAUCGAACUGGAUCGCUGGAUACUGACUGCUGAUAAUUUAUUUAAGGAGAACACGGAUCUAACUCUUUUGCUCAAUCGUGUGAUCAACGAGAAUUGGAUCGAGUUUUGGAAUGAGAUUGAAGCGACCAUCUUACCCGUUUAUACAAAGAGUAUAUUAAAUAUUGUCAAUAAUAUAAUAUACAAUAUUCCCUAUGAUGAGUUGUUUCUAACCCACUGAGAGCUGCUGGACACUAACUGUAAUUAGACAAAUUAAUCU